UAUCACCGUCGUCCUGGCUGCAGCGUAGAAAUCAUUCUAUUGUGAUGUCGAAAUACAUGUACCCGUCGUUACCUGGUGAAUGUUGACUUAAUAAUGGUCAGUCACCACUGUCCAAAACUCUUUUAGAGAUUCUGUGUCAGUUGAUGUUUGCAGUUGGCUGCGCCACGUGAUCAGUUAUCGCUUAAAAGUCGAGCUUGCAGUUUUCUAAUUAUUGUGUUUCCAGCUCCACUGGAUUGGCUGAUUUGUAUAAGCAUUCUAUUAAAUACGAACAUUCCGAACACUUGGUCGGUGCUGUUAUUUGAGAAAAUCCCCCACGUGAUCAUGAUGGAAAGUGACAGUGAGAUAGACAGCAGUUUUGAUGAGCCCGCUGAGGUAAUCUAGCAUUCAACACUCUGUCAUUGUGAUCUAUUAACAUUGAACUCUUCCACAGCACAGGACUAGUCAUGAUUUAUUAACAUUAAACUCUUUCCACAGCACAGGACUACUAGGGCUGGUGACCUAGCCUAUACUGACAUCCCAUUGAAAUGAAUCAUUAAUUAUUGUCACUUUGUUUAUGUUAUGUUUUUAACCUAAGUUUUUCGUUAUGCUCCACUACCCCAAACACUGAAUUCCAUCUUCUAGAGAUGAAUAGUGUAAUAUAAACUUGCUCCUGUGUAGGCCCUCUACUGAGUGAACUUUAUUAAAUAUUUAAAGCCACUGUGAAAGCCUUAAUACAGCUGUUUUUGAGUCAUUGUAAAAUUUGAGAAGCAUUUUUUUUGUUUUUUUUACUUCCACCCAUUAUUUAAUUUUCUUGAACCCAUGGAGAUGCUUAUAUCCUGUUUGUGUGGUUUUUUUAAUGAAAUGUAAUCUUUUGCAUGUGUUUCAGGAUUUGCUACCAAGGAUUAUUGUCAAGGAUCCUGUUACACACAGCACAUGGGAACAUGGGAAAUUCACUUCCUAUCAAAUCUGUAUUAAGGUAUAUAUAAUAUGCAGAGAAAAAUUGUUAAGUCUCAUGCUUUUGUGGUCAAAUUUCAAAAUGUGCUGGAUUUAUAUUUAAAAUUAAGAUUUCAUUUAUAUAAAGAAUUUUUUUUUCUGUAUUUAAUUUUUUUGGAUAAAUCACUGAUCAUACUCCACCAUAAAUUUUAUUACAAAAUAAAUGACUGUGUUUGAAAUGUAGCUUAAGGUUCACAUUUUUUAUUUCAGACUGAUCACCCAGCAUUUCACUUACGUUUAUCGGCAGUUAGACGUCGCUACUCAGAGCUUAUCUGGCUGAACAAAGUGUUGAAAGCUAAUCACCAAUAUGUGUACGUUCAUGUCUCUUUAAGAAUCAUUUGGUCCACAUUGCUCUGCCCUUAUUUAAAUAGCUUCCUCAUUGGAGUAGACUGUUCAGCUACUCUUGACUCAAGAGUUGAUAAAUACAAAAUCCAACCUAUUGUAGUCUGAACUACCAGAUUAUUCAUCACAAUUAUAAUAUACUAAAUACCUCUUCACAUAACGGGUUUGAUAGUAUUAAAUUUUUGCAGGUGAACAACAUAAGGCUCCUAAUGCAUUAAUACUAGCAUUCCCUUAUUUUUUGCAUGUAUGGAAAUAUUAUUUGUUGAUAUGGCUUAAAUUUAUAGUUAAAUAAAAUAUAAAUUUAAAUAAUUUACUCUUACAGAAGUUUUCCUGCACUACCCCCCAAGAAAGUUUUCUCUGAAAGAUUUGACUCUGAGUUUAUCAGCACUAGAAUGAAGCUGAUUGAGAAUUUUCUAAAUGAGUGAGUGAAAAUUUGUUUUAUUUUAAAAGAAAUUCUUGUAGGUAUUUUUAGCAUUAUCUUUUCAUUCAUGAUAGCUCUCUCUAUUUGUGUCUUAAACAUCACCUCAGCGGUCUGAGAAACUUAAUGGAGGCAUAUAAGUCAAUCCACUUGGUACCUGUAGUCUUAUUAGGUUAUCGCUUUUUAAAUCUAAUAAGAUGUACAUUUAUUUUAAAUGUAUGCAUGCGCCAUGUGCAUCUGAGGUGAUCUAGAUCCACUUCAUUUAAUCAAACCUCCCUGUCAGGCUGCUGGUGACAGACACUGUGUUGUCAGAUGCUGCCUUCCACCUGUUCCUGCAGACUGACCUGACCACUGAGGAGAUGGAUGAGUACUUUGCUGGACGUCUCUCAGAGUCUUUCAUUGAGUCUGCCUGGAAGAAUGUUGGUCAUGUGCAUACGAGCAGCUACGUUGUCAAGUAAGAAAAGUAUUUCCAACCCUGCAAUGUUCAAACUAUUAGCUAUUGACUUAAAUAUCCCUAUUUUUUUUUCUUUCUUUGUAUACACCUGGUUUUAGAUUUCAUGGCAAAUUAAAGAGGUUUUGAAUAGUUUUGAAAACUUUUAAUAUCACACAUUUUAACAAAUACAUUUUGAAUAUUUUUUUAAUACAAAAUUUUUUGUACCGUUAAUGUAUUAUUAUGAACACAUAUGUUAAAAUUCAAGUCGCUGAUAGCAACUAAUUAAACAGUAUAAAAUGUUAAAUAAAUAAUCUUUAAUAUUCUAAAUAAUGGUUUCUUUUAAAAUGACAUUUUGAUGUCAACCUUUUUAAUUCAUCAAUACUUCUUUUUUAUUUUUUUAACAUUUUUUUAAAGAAUUAGGGAAAUUUGUUUUAAACAUUUUAUUCUUAAAAGAAAAUUAUUAUUUUAUGAUGUUGGAUUUAUUUAUACAUUGACUUUUUUUUUUCACUGAUCAGGGUGCAUACAUACUUUUACUCAUUAAAAAUCCAUUAAAUAUUUGAAAUCAAUGGCCGUCAUUCUAUGUGCACAUCAAAGCUUUAAAUAAUUUUAAAAUAAAUAUUAACUUGCGGCAGAAUGAAGAUUGCCAUAAUAACCUCAUUGCACAAAACCCAGUUCCUUGCCAUCAUCUAGUUCGAAUUGACAGAUAGAUACUUGAACAAAUUAUGUUCAACAAUUAUAUUAUUUUUAUGCAAGAGCUUUAUGUUUCUCUUUUCUGUUCCAGUAUGAGCAACAUCCCACAUGAGCCUCAAGAGAUUUUCAUGAAUGAUGAAGAUCUGAGGAACAGUGCCCGGCGUAUGUCCUUGUCUGAUGAUUCAUUCACACAAUCCACAGAGGACACAACGGCCCAAUCCACCGACGACAAUUCUAAUGGGAAAUCUGGGUCUUCAAGGACUUUGCCUGGCAAGGUGGACAACUCAAGGACUUUGCCUGGCAAGGUGGACAACUCAUCGGGAUCAAUCCAGACAAUAUGUGCAGAAAUUGUGACCUAUAAUGUGUCCAGUAGGCUUCAAACUGGAAUUUCUACUAGUAUACAAGAGGAUGAUGAUUAAGAGCAGGAGUGUUUAGCACCAAACCGCAGCCUGGAUAUUAAAAGCUUAGAGCAUUCCUCACAUGGAACCACGAAACGCAAAGCAACCAGCACACGAAACUUAAAAGUCCAUUGAGAUGUUGUUGUUUUCUUUUGGAUAAGUGCAAUUUUUAAGUGAAGACAAUUUAUUAAAUAAAAGUGCUUUAUCUUUACAGAAAUGUAAUUAUAAUUUUAAAUAUUUCGUUUCAUGCUGAAACCACUGUAUGCGCAUCUUUAAAUGUUUGGUUACACUGGUUCCAUUUUCUUAAAUGUGAAUUUUUUUCUUUUCAAGGGAGGCAAUCAUUUUUUGCAUGGGAAGUAAUUUAAUUCAUGGAGACACUCUAGGAAAAAAUGUUUUCAGUACUUAUGGUUUAACAUGGUUAUAUAAAUAUUCCUUUAAAAACACGCCUAAACCCUUCACAUGUGUACCUGCCACACCACAUGAAAAGAAAAAUUAUUUUUUUUUAAAGUUAUGUUGCACUAUAAACAUUUGUUUGACGGUGUCAACAAAUCAGAUGAUUUUGUUUCAAUAAAUUUAAAUCGCUUCCACUAGUUUUUCAUGCCCUUUGAGGUAUUUUGCCGCUGCAAACCUAACAUCUUGCGGCACACCGGUUGCGGGGCUCUGUGCUAGUGUACAAUAUAACUGGUAUUUGAACAAAUUUAAUUAAAAUAUGACAAUUGCAUUUUUUCAAGUAUAUGAACAUCAUUUAUAAUUAAUGCUGCUGGCAAAAUAGUGAUCACGUUAUACAUGCUACAAGAUUCAUAUUCAUACAAAUGAAUCUUUUGUGACAUUGUUCUGAACUGAGGCAUCUCAUUCUCUUUUCUUGUCAAGCUCUUCUUAAAUAAAUUUGUUAUAAGAUCAAUGUCCACAUACACUCUGGAUACAGUACUUUAUUUAAGGGACACCAUUGACUUUUUUUUUUUUUUUUACUAUUUAAUAUCCUUAUGAAUGUUUUAAAAUUGUUAUCACCCUUCUGUUAGUGAUCAUGUCCAGUGCCUUGACCAAAAGUGCUCCUUAAGUGGAUUAACAGCAGAUACUGCUCUAACCCACAUGCAAAUAAGGAAAUGGUUCUAUAACACAUUUAUUUCUACAUACAAAAAGCAGCUAUUUUUCUUAAUAAAAGCUCUAGUCUACUAAAGUGCAGCUGAAACCUGUUCAUGCAUUUAAUGAUAGUACAUGACGAUAUGUAAACAAAUUACACUGUACAUGUCUUUGACAAUAGUAUAGGAUGAUAUGUAGCAUAACAUAUGUAAACAAUGUACAUGCAAUUAAUGAUAGCGUAUCAUCAUAUGUGAAUGAGGUACACACAGUUAAAAAGAACUUGGGGAAAUCAUUCACUAAUCUUCUUGGCUGCUGAUAGUUCUAUGACUCAUUAAGUGGUAAUGGUUAUAAACUAUAAUAAUAUAUUGAACAUUCCAGAUGAAUUGCUAAAGUUCUAUAGAAAAUAAUGACGGACACAAAUACUAUUAAUUGUAUAUUUUUGUAAAUUAUAUUUUCUACUUAUCCAUUGUUCAAGUAGUGUCUGUAGGCUGUGAUUUCAUGACAGUAAUGUGUUCAUAUUGAACCUAUGCCUGAAAACACAAACUCUUUAACUAUAAAAAGUGCUCUUGUUAUGUUUUUAUCACGCCAAUGAAAUAUUCCAAAAAUAUACUGCAACAUGUGUUCAUAUUAAUAUGAGUUAUUAAAAAUUAUUAUAAAUUUUA